CACCGAGGGGACGCCUCGCGCCCAUCCUGGGGAGAGCCGGCGGCGGCCUUGCCUUGCGCGCUCUUCGCACCGCCCGCCCUCCCCGCCCGCCGGCCUCAGGAUUGAGGAAGUGCGUCUGGGCCCGGCGCCGGCGCGCGGCCCGAGGCGCGGGGGGCAGACGGCGGUGGGAGUGCCAAGCCCGGGCCCGCCAGUGUCCGUCCGGCCCCGCGUCCCGGAGCGCCCGCACCCCGGCCCCGCAGCCGUCGCAGAACAAGAAAGCUUUCUGCUCAGCCAUGACUCUGAUUCCAUGCCUUAACGCACCGCAUGGGCAGCAGCAGUGGCAGUGACAACAGCAGGACCUGCCUUGGAAGAUCGGCUGCUGCAAAGGUUGAUGGCUGGCAUGUCACAUAGACCACCCAGCAUGUACUGGUGUGUGGGGACGGAGGGGUCAGCUGUGUGUCCAGAACGCGCCAUGGAGACGCCUAACGGUGCCGGGGACAUGGGCAGCAAACUGUCCACGCCAGGCGGUGACCCUGCAGCGCAGUGCCCCAGCACUGAAGGCAUUCACGCAGCGUACAGGCGGGGAGACCGCGGCGGCGCCCAGGACCUGCUCAGGGAGGCCUGCGACCAGUGCACGUCCCAGCAGGAAAAGAGCCAGCUUCUGAGCAUCCCAGCCGCCUAUGGGGACCUGGAGAUGGUCCGCUAUCUACUCACCGAAAGACUGGUGGAGCUGCCGACAGAACCCACAGAUGACAACCCAGCCGUGGUGGCAGCGUAUUAUGGGCACAUGGCAGUUGUGCAGGAAUUGCUUGAGUCCUUACCAGGUCCCUGCAGUCCCCAACGGCUGCUGAACUGGAUGCUGGCCUUGGCUUGCCAGCGAGGGCACCUGGGAGUUGUGAAGCUCCUGGUCUUGACACAUGGGGCCGACCCGGAGAGCUACGCCAUCAGGAAGAAUGAGUUCCCUGUCAUCGUGCGCUUGCCCCUCUAUGCGGCCAUCAAGUCAGGGAAUGAAGACAUUGCCAUAUUCCUGCUUCGGCAUGGGGCCUAUUUCUGUUCCUACAUCUUACUGGACAGUCCUGACCCCAGCAAACAUCUGCUGAGAAAGUAUUUCAUUGAAGCCAGUGCCUUGCCCAGCAGUUAUCCGGGAAAAACAGCGCUCCGCGUGAAAUGGUCCCAUCUCAGAUUGCCCUGGGUAGAUCUAGACUGGCUCAUAGACAUCUCCUGCCAGAUCACGGAGCUCGACCUUUCUGCCAACUGCCUGGCGACCCUCCCAUCCGUCAUCCCCUGGGGCCUCAUCAACCUCCGGAAGCUGAACCUCUCGGACAACCACCUGGGGGAGCUCCCUGGCGUGCAGUCAUCGGAUGAAAUCAUCUGUUCCAGGCUACUUGAAAUUGACAUUUCCAGCAACAAAUUGUCCCACCUCCCGCCUGGAUUCUUGCAUCUCUCAAAACUUCAGAAACUGUCAGCUUCAAAAAAUUGUUUAGAAAAACUGUUCGAAGAGGAAAAUGCUACUAACUGGAUCGGUUUACGGAAGCUACAGGAACUUGAUCUGUCUGACAAUAAAUUGACAGAACUCCCCGCCCCGUUUCUUCACUCUUUCAAGUCGCUCCAUUCUCUGAAUGUCUCCAGAAACAACCUAAAGGUGUUUCCAGAUCCCUGGGCCUGCCCUUUGAAAUGUUGUAAAGCUUCCAGAAAUGCCCUGGAAUGUCUGCCAGACAAAAUGGCUCUCUUUUGGAAAAAUCACCUGAAGGACGUGGAUUUUUCAGAAAAUGCACUGAAAGAAGUUCCCCUGGGACUUUUCCAGCUUGAUGCCCUGAUGUUCUUGAGGUUACAGGGAAACCAGCUGGCGGCACUUCCACCUCCAGAGAAGUGGACCUGCAGGCAGCUCAAAACCCUGGAUCUCUCCAGAAACCAACUUGGCAAAAAUGAAGAUGGACUGAAAACAAAGCGUAUUGCCUUUUUCACCACCAGAGGUCGCCAGCGCUCCGGGACUGAGGCAGCAUGUGUGCUGGAAUUUCCGGCCUUCCUAAGUGACUCUUUGGAAGUCCUUUGCCUGAACGACAACCACCUUGACACAGUCCCUCCCUCGGUUUGCCUGCUGAAGAGCUUAUCAGAGCUCUACUUGGGAAACAACCCUGGCCUCCGGGAGCUCCCUCCUGAGCUGGGGCAGCUGGGCAACCUCUGGCAGCUGGACACUGAAGACCUGACCAUCAGCAAUGUCCCUGCAGAAAUCCGAAAAGAAGGCCCCAAAGCAAUGCUGUCUUACUUACGAGCUCAGUUGCGGAAAGCAGAGAGGUGCAAGCUAAUGAAGAUGAUCAUCGUGGGUCCCCCGCGCCAGGGCAAGUCCACCCUCCUGGAGAUCUUACAGACGGGGAGGGCCCCCCAGGUGGUGCACGGCGAGGCCACCAUCAGGACCACCAAGUGGGAGCUCCAGAGGCCAGCUGGCUCGAGAGCCAAGGUUGAGUCUGUGGAGUUCAACGUCUGGGACAUCGGGGGACAGGCCAGCAUGGCCACUGUCAACCAGUGCUUCUUCACGGACAAGGCCCUGUACGUGGUGGUCUGGAACCUGGCGCUGGGGGAGGAGGCCGUGGCUAGCCUCCAGUUCUGGCUGCUCAACAUCGAGGCCAAGGCCCCAAAUGCCGUGGUGCUGGUGGUCGGGACACACCUGGACUUAAUUGAAGCCAAGUUUCGUGUGGAAAGGAUUGCAACACUGCGUGCCUAUGUGCUGGCGCUCUGCCGCUCCCCCUCCGGCUCCAGGGCCACAGGCUUCCCGGACAUCACCUUCAAACACUUACAUGAGAUUUCCUGCAAGAGCCUGGAAGGUCAGGAAGGGCUGCGGCAGCUCAUCUUCCACGUCACGUGCAGCAUGAAGGACGUGGGCAGCACUAUCGGCUGCCAGCGACUGGCAGGAAGGCUGAUCCCCAGGAGCUACCUGAGCCUGCAGGAGGCCGUGCUGGCGGAGCAGCAGCGCCGCAGCCUGGACGACGAUGUGCAGUACCUGACGGACAGGCAGCUGGAGCAGCUGGUGGAGCAGACGCCCGACAACGACAUCAAGGACUACGAGGACUUGCAGUCGGCUAUCAGCUUCCUCAUAGAAACCGGAACUCUGCUACACUUCCCGGACACCAGCCACGGCCUGAGGAACCUCUACUUCCUUGACCCUAUCUGGCUGUCUGAAUGUCUGCAGAGGAUCUUUAACAUUAAGGGCUCCCGGUCAGUGGCCAAGAACGGGGUGAUCAGAGCGGAAGACCUCAGGAUGCUGCUGGUGGGGACUGGCUUCACACAGCAGACAGAGGAGCAGUACUUCCAGUUCCUGGCCAAGUUUGAGAUCGCCCUGCCCGUCGCCAAUGACAGCUACCUCCUGCCUCAUCUCCUUCCAUCUAAACCUGGCCUGGACACCCACGGCAUGCGACACCCCACAGCCAACACCAUCCAGAGGGUAUUUAAGAUGAGCUUCGUGCCCGUUGGCUUCUGGCAAAGGUUCAUAGCACGGAUGCUGAUCAGCCUGGCGGAGAUGGACCUGCAGCUGUUUGAAAACAAGAAGAAUACUAAAAGCAGGAACAGGAAAGUCACCAUUUACAGUUUUACGGGAAACCAGAGAAAUCGCUGUAGCACAUUCAGAGUGAAAAGAAAUCAGACCAUCUAUUGGCAGGAAGGGCUCCUGGUCACUUUUGAUGGGGGCUACCUCAGUGUGGAAUCUUCUGACGUGAACUGGAAAAAGAAGAAAAGUGGAGGAAUAAAAAUCAUUUGCCAGUCAGAAAUGAGGGACUUCUCGGCCAUGGCUUUCAUCACGGAUCAUGUCAAUUCCUUGAUUGAUCAGUGGUUUCCUGCCCUGACGGCCACAGAGAGCGACGGGACCCCACUCAUGGAGCAGUAUGUGCCCUGCCCGGUCUGCGAGACGACCUGGGCCCAGCACACAGACCCCAGUGAGAAAUCAGAGGGUGUGCAGUACUUUGACAUGGAAGACUGUGUGCUGACGGCCAUCGAGCGGGACUUCAUCUCCUGCCCCAGGCACCCGGACUUCCCCGUGCCGCUCCAGGAGCUGGUCCCUGAGCUGUUCAUGACCGACUUCCCAGCCAGGCUCUUCCUGGAGAACAGCAAGCUGGAGCACAGCGAGGAUGACAGCAGCAUCCUGGGCCAGGGCGGCAGUGGCACCGUCAUCUACCGGGCCCGGUACCAGGGCCAGCCCGUGGCCGUGAAGCGCUUCCACAUCAAGAAAUUCAAGAACUUCGCCAAUGCCCCGGCAGACACCAUGCUGAGGCACCUGCGGGCCACGGACGCCAUGAAGAACUUCUCGGAGUUCCGGCAGGAGGCCAGCAUGCUGCAUGCGCUGCAGCACCCCUGCAUCGUGGCACUCAUCGGCAUCAGCAUCCACCCACUCUGCUUCGCCUUGGAGCUCGCGCCGCUCAGCAGCCUCAACACCGUGCUGUCCGAGAACACCAGAGAUUCUUCCUUUAUACCGCUGGGACAUAUGCUCACCCAAAAAAUAGCCUAUCAGAUUGCCUCGGGCCUGGCCUACCUGCACAAGAAAAACAUCAUCUUCUGUGACCUGAAGUCGGACAACAUUCUGGUGUGGUCCCUUGACGUCAAGGAGCACGUCAACAUCAAGCUAUCUGACUACGGGAUUUCGAGGCAGUCAUUCCAUGAGGGCGCUCUGGGCGUGGAGGGCACUCCUGGAUACCAGGCCCCAGAGAUCAGGCCUCGCAUUGUAUACGAUGAAAAGGUAGAUAUGUUCUCCUAUGGAAUGGUGCUCUAUGAGUUGCUGUCAGGACAACGCCCUGCACUGGGCCACCACCAGCUCCAGAUUGUCAAGAAGCUGUCCAAGGGCAUUCGUCCAGUUCUGGGGCAACCGGAGGAAGUGCAGUUCCAUCGACUGCAGGCACUCAUGAUGGAGUGCUGGGACACUAAACCAGAGAAGCGACCGCUGGCCCUGUCGGUGGUGAGCCAGAUGAAGGACCCGACCUUUGCCACCUUCAUGUACGUGCUCCCCUGUGGGAAGCAGACAGCCUUCUUCUCGUCCCAGGGCCAGGAGUACACUGUGGUGUUUUGGGAUGGAAAAGAGGAGUCCAGGAACUACACAGUGGUAAACACAGAGAAGGGCCUCAUGGAGGUGCAGAGGAUGAGCUGUCCCGGGAUGAAGCUGAGCUGCCAGCUCCAGGUCCAGAGAUCCCUGUGGAUGGCCACCGAGGACCAGAAAAUCUACAUCUACACCCUCAAGGGCAUGUGCCCCUUAAACACGCCCCAACAGGCUUUGGAUACUCCGGCUAUUGUCACCUGCUUCUUGGCUGUGCCUGUGAUUAAAAAGAAUUCCUACCUGGUCUUAGCAGGCCUCGCUGAUGGGCUCGUGGCUGUGUUUCCCGUGGUGCGGGGUGCCCCAAACGACAGCUGCUCCUACCUGUGCUCACACACGGCCAACAGGUCCAAGUUCAGCAUCUCGGACGAAGACGCCCGGCAGAACCCCUACCCGGUGAAGGCUAUGGAAGUGGUCAACAGUGGCUCUGAGGUCUGGUACAGCAAUGGGCCAGGGCUCCUUGUCAUCGACUGCGCCUCCCUGGAGAUCUGCAGGCGGCUGGAACCCUACGUGGCCCCCUCAGUGGUGACGUCGGUUGUGUGCAGCUCUGAGGGCAGGGGGGAGGAGGUCGUCUGGUGCCUGGAUGACAAAGCCAACUCCUUGGUGAUGUACCACUCUACCACCUACCAGCUGUGCGCCCGGUACUUCUGCGGGGACCCCAGCCCCCUCAGGGACACGUUUCCCGUGCGGCCCUUGGACGUGGAACCCCCGGGCAGCCACACAGCCAACCCAAAGGAGCCCGAGGGGGACUCCAUCGCGGACGUGAGCAUCAUGUACAGUGAAGAGCUGGGCACGCAGAUCCUGACCCACCAGGAAUCGCUCACCGACUACUGCUCCAUGUCCUCCUACUCCUCGUCUCCACCCCACCAGGCUGCCAGGUCCUCCUCAAGCCUGCCCAGCUCCCCAGCAAGUUCUUCCAGCAUGCCUUUCUCCACUGACUAUGAGGACUCAGACAGGCUACACGAGCCUGGCGCUGCCUCUGACAGGUCUGAGCAUGAGCUGACGCCCAUGGACGGGGAGACCUUCAGCCAGCACCUGCAGGCCGUGAAGAUCCUCGCCGUCAGAGACCUCAUUUGGGUCCCCAGGCGCGGUGGAGAUGUUAUCGUCAUUGGCCUGGAGAAGGAUUCCUGCGCCCAGCGGGGCCGAGUCAUCGCCGUCUUAAAAGCCCGAGAGCUGACUCCACAUGGGGUGCUGGUGGAUGCUGCUGUGGUGGCAAAGGACACGGUGGUGUGCAGCUUUGAAAACGAAAACGCAGAGUGGUGCCUGGCUGUCUGGAGGGGCUGGGGCGCCAGGGAGUUUGACAUUUUCUACCAGUCCUACGAGGAGCUGGGCCGGCUGGAGGCUUGCACACGCAAGAGAAGGGGUCUGGAAUGGUCGCUGCAACCCUAGGAAGGCUCAGAACCCCUGGGAAGAGCUAUGAGCACGGCAGGAAGAUGGGGAGUGGGCUGAGGAGGGGACGUGGGAAAGAGGCUUCAGCAUUGGGGUCAGUUCCAGAGAGAGCAGAGUGUUUCAUUGUGUAACCAAUACAGCAUUUUACACGUGUUUUGACUGUUUGGGUGUUCGAAGCACUAGAGAGUGUCUAACAUUUUAGACUUUAAAUAUUUACCAGUGGGAUCCAAAAGAAUGUUAAAUCAGUGUUUCACUGGAGGACUUGCCAAAACUCAGGAGUUGUAUGUUAGAUGCCGAAGUGGUAUGUUACCGUUUGGAAAGGGCUGAUGGUUUCAUGUUUAACAGCUUCCUGAGCCUGAUAAUUCUGGUGUCAACCGUGCAGUCAUGCUCAGGGUACUGCUCAGGCAGUAACGCGUGAGGCCAGCAGCGCCCUCACAGCCUGGCUCCUAGGAAACGCUCAUGUGUUGGCCAUGAAGACACUUCAGAUUUGCUGACCGAAAGUGCUGGGAUGACUGACUCCAUUUCUGUGACGUAAGGGCAGAAAGAUCUGGAAGAGAGUGGCAUCCAUUUCCCAAGGGCACCUUCAGCCCACUCCAGGCUAGAUACCCCUUGCACCCCACAGCGUUCAGCUCACCCAGAAGCCCGGAGAACCCAGGGGAGGUGUGAGCAAUGGAAGAAAGAUCAGCAAGGGGGCCUCACCAGGCACACCGUGUCACUCAGCAGUGGGGCAGGGACAACCCUCAGGGAGUGGGACAUAUUAGCUGUGCUCUGGGAGGCUGGGAACAAUGGCCCUACAGCAUCCCACAAGUCUUAAGUGCUAGGGCUCCCCCUCCCCAUCCCCGGGGGCGGCAGAUCAAAGACCCCAACCGGAAGCCCACAGCUCAUGGCAUGGCAGCCCAUCGUUUGCCACUGGGAGAUCUUGCGCCUCUGUGGGGUGACGGUGGCAGGGAGGAAACUAUCUGACAUUGCUGUGGUUCACAUCUCUCUUACUUCUCUCUUGCCAACAGGAAGCUUGACCCCUGGAAAUUCCCCUCCAGUUGCCGUAGGCCCCCUCCCCAUUCUGCAAACCCCUUUCCCAGGCAUGGGGAUGCCCGCUCAGAGUUAUUUCUACUGCUCAGCAGCAGGAGGCUACGUUCUGGAGGCUGGAAGACCGGGAUCAAGGUGUCGGCAGGGUUGGUUUCUCCAGCGGCCUCUCCCCUUGGCUUGGGGAUGACCACCCUUCUCGCUGUGUCCUCACAUGGUCGUCCCUCUGUGUGUGCCUAUGUCCUAAUCUCCUCUUAUAAGGACACCAGUCCUACUGCAUUAGGGCCUACCCUAAUCGCCUCUUUAAAGCCUCUGUCUCCAAAUACAGUCACACUCGGAGGUACUGGGGGUUAAGACUUCACAUGAAUUUCAGGGGACCCAGUUGAGCCUAUAACACCCUUCAUGUUCUGAAAGCUGUAUGGAGGGUUCCACGGAGCAUAAAGGCCAGCCAGAGAGCAUGCCUGAGGGUGAACAGAGGCUCUGGAAGGAGGACAGUGCAAGGCAAGGAAAGGCACCCGCGAUACACUAAGUGAAACAGGGGGCCUGGGGAUCAUGUUUACUCAAAAACUGUGGAGUGCUGUAUAAAUGUGUAAAUGAAAAGGAGGAAGGACAUGGACCAGCAGUGGUUACUCCUGGCUGCUGGGAUGGCCCCUAACUUUUACUCCUUUCUUUUAAAUUGUUUAUAUGUAGAAUUUCUUUGGCAAUAAGAAAAAAAAUCA